AUGCACACGUGGCUGUACCGCGUGAACGCGGUCGUCACGCUCUCCGUCUUUCUGCUCAUCGGCCUCAGCGUGCUCGCGUCCCUCUCCGAACGCCUCCACACGUCCUCCCCGACCGUCGAUCUGGACCUGCUGGACGUGGAACAUUUCUGGAGGAUACCGGGCGGUCCCUUCCAAGGCAACGAUGAGGCUGUGUUGACGCUCAACAUCACGGCCAACCUCACGUCAGUCUUCACCUGGAACACCAAGCAGCUCUUUGUGUUUGUCACUGCAGACUUUUCAACCCCGAAGCAUCCUCUGAACCAGGUGUCGCUGUGGGAUGCCAUCGUGGAGCGCAAGGAGGACGCGGCGCUGCAGUUCACAAGGGAGAUCAGCGAGUACUCGCUCAUGGACCAGGGGAACAGCCUGAGGGGGCUGCCCUUCAACCUGACGGUGUAUUGGAACGUGAUGCCCAUAGUGGGCGGCCUCUCCAUGGACCACAUCUCCUUCUCCGGCUUCACCAUGCCGCCCAACUACCGCCCCUUCCACCUCCCCCGCGACCCCUCACGCUUUGGCGCGCAGCAGCACCACAUGCACGACAUGCACUUUGAGCAGGACGUGGAGGGGCAUGAGGACGGGGAUGAUGGUGAAGGGUUUGAGGUGGAAGGCCAUGACGAUGGGGAGGAUGAUGAGGAUGAUUCUUGA